AACCGGAAUCCCAAAUCGCAGGGGGCCCAGAGCGGCCAUUUCGUUUAUGUUGUCAACUGUUCUAAGCCGUGAACCGCCUGCGGGAUGCUGAGGUGAUGUGGAGUAUUAGCAAUGCGGAACCUGUGGGGUCAAUGAGGGGAGAUCGGCUUGGCGAUUUCUGGUGUCCCUGCAGAGCCCCUGGGUCAGGCCACAUCACUGAGGCUGCAGGACCUCCCUUCACAGCCCCAGCCUGACUCUUCCCAGCAGCUUUGAUUGGAGCCUUCUAAUGCCCACCCAGCUCCAGGCUCCUGGAAAGAGUGGAGCUGUCAGCAAAAGAGACCAAGAAUUGAAGCCCAGAAAGGACAUGCUUGCUGAUGUGAAUUUACCACAGAGGCCCCAGGUCUUGGGUCCAGAGGAGCGGGAUGGAUCAUGUGAGGGCUCCGUGUCAUUUGAGGACGUGACCAUAGACUUCAGCAGGGAGGAGUGGCAGCAACUGGACCCUGCCCAGAGACGCCUGUACCAGGACGUGAUGCUGGAGAUCUACAGCCACCUCUUCUCCGUGGGGUAUCACAUUCCCAACCCAGAGAUCAUUUUCAGGAUGGAAAAAGGAAAGGAGCAAUGGAUGGGGGAGGCUGAACUCCCACGUCAGAGGUAUCACGGCAAGAGGGAAGGUGUGGAAAGCAAACCAUCGAGAAGCCCCUCUUUCUAAAGAAAAUCUCACAUUAGAAACAUGUCUUCUUUAAGAAUGAAAGCCGUUUUCUUCAGUCAAGAAAAUAUCCUUCUGCCUGCAUCUGUUAGGCUCAGAUAUACAUGCCCCAGAUCAGAUUGUGCUUUUUUGCCCUAAGGCGAUCCCUAAACUUCCUGACCUCAAAGGAGGUAAGAAAUGUCUUUGGGGAUAUGGAAGCUGUUUCAUCUAACAGAGUAGAGGUCUUCCAAGCGGGGUAUAUACACAACACUCCCUGGGCGGCGGCGUGUACUUCUGGUCUACUCAUUCUGAUGGAGGCGAAGCUUGGCUCACGUUGGGAUGUUCUGUAUUU